CUUCUCAAUGUAUUUUGUUUAGUGUAUCCUCAUAUUUUUUAUAUAUUUGCAACUUUGAAAAAUCAAAAAUAAUACGCAACUCUAAUAAGCCUUUGUUUUGAAAAUUCUGGCAGCACUGUUUUCAACAUGCGUUGCGCACUUUUUCAACGCUGACAAGUUCAGCGAAUAACAAAAAUUUAGAGGUUGAAGAGUUUUCUACGAAAGAUGGAUUUUGGUAAUGCCCUAUCAACAGGAGAAAAUUUUACGGUGGUGGCCGAACGAUUCAUCAUGGAGUUUCUGAGUUCUGAGACCCUAGAUCCAAAUAGUUGGAUUAGCAAAGCGUCACACAAUUUUGUGGGCCAAUGUUUUCAUGUCAUCGGCUUAAAGUUUAACAUUAGUGUGAAGGAGUUCAGCCGAACUCAAGAUCAUCCGUAUGCCAGUGAAAAUUCCGAUUACGUUUUUGUUCCCGUGCCGUUUGUACUGGAAGCAGUGGACUCGUUUUUUAAUGUGGUACCUGAUCUCUUGGCCAAAGUUUCUGUGGCGCUGGAGAAGGAUUCAAACUGGAAAUCUCGAUACGGAAAGGGGGACCGGUGCUUCAAACUGGCGCAUCCAAUGUCAUCCUACAUGCGAUUGACCGUUAAGUGGAAUCAAGUUGUGCAUUUUGUAUGCAAAGACAUAAAAGAGAAUAGAUUUUACUGCGAACCCCUAACCAGAAUAUCUUUCAGUAUUCUAAAAGGUUUGUCUAAACUUCUGCCAAGAUACGCCGAUUCAUCUGCUGGACUCAAAGGGCUAUGUCAUGCUCUCUCCAUAGAUGUUCGCUUUGGAAUCUUAUAUCAUGAAACCUGCCAAAUUAUUCUGACUCCUAUGCUAAACAUGUUUCGAGAGAACUUUAGAACUUUUUGUGGUGUAGAAAAUUAUGCUGUCGACUUUGUCUUUUUUGUUUUGACCAUUCAGAUGAAAGGCGAUGAUUGCUACAUUAAAGGUUAUGAGUUCCUAGACAAAAUGAUAAGGUUUUUUUCCAGCGAGAAACCGCGCGACGAAUACCAAAACCUAUAUUUGCGUAUAUUUACCAACGAAAUGAUUACCGAAAAGUUUCUGGCGCUGCAAUUUGAGGACCUCAAAUCAAGUCGCUCUAGGCCGCUUCUAACUGCUAUUUUACAAUAUUUAUUGACGCUUCAAAACCAUGUGGUCAGUACGGAGUGCUUUCGGCACAGUUUUCUCGAGUUAUUGCUUGCGCUUAUCCUUAGAAUGCCCCGUAGUUUUUCUGGUGUAAGUUCUUUAGCGGCAACUGUUUAUAUAAAGUUAUCCAAGCGUCAGUACACCAAUCAGGAAAUAGUCCUUCAUAUAUUGGAGACAUUCAUAAAGAUGUCGCAUGGCACCCGGGAAAAUACUAUCUACGAUGCUUUUAGAGUUAGACUUACGCGCUAUUUAAAAGAACUCAUAAUUUAUUUUCCUGAGCUUCAUAGCUUCGAGUUUUACGUCUUAAUAUUGACGGCUCCAAAUUCGCGAUUUGAAUUGAGCCUAAUAGGUGCUCAAUCCUUAAGCAUAAUCUUUGAAUUGCACAUGGCGCAAUAUUCCAUUUCAGAGGACUCACGUCAACAGGUGCACCGCCUAUUGCGAUGUUUACCAGCAAUAAUGGCAUCGCCAUCCCUGGAAAAUGGCGCACGGAGUAUUCUAUACAGCAUCUACAGUUGCAUUGAUUUCCGUUUAGUGGCAGAGCAUAAAAUGGAGGCGCUGCGUGAUAUCGAACGUUUCUGCCUAAAAAGUUUUCUAACCGACGACACUCUUAAGUGCUCAGUGUUCCAAGGACUUUUUGAAAACUUAUUAGGAUCUUCUGCUGUAACCGGAAAUGAUUUAAUGUCCCCAACAGUAGCGUCUUUGUGCACGCAGCAUGCACAGCUUUGUAUACAGUUGAAUGAUACUGAAUCAAGGUCCUCUGAAAUAACUGAAAUGCUAGAGGCAUAUGUAAAGUGUUUAAGGCGAAUUCACAGUCUCUUAUUAUUAGACAAGCUGGCGCAUGAUUAUUAUAAAGAUAUUUAUGAGUCGCUUGCACAACUACUGCUGAAAAAGACCUUUGGAAAUGAAGAUUUAAUUCUUUAUGGCUGUGAGAGUUUGGCUCUGAUGCUCGUCCGAAAAUACAAUAAAAUUAAUGACUUAGACGAUGAAUUGAAUCUAAGUAUAACAGUUUUAGCGCAGGAACUACAAGAAUUCUGUCUAGCUGAGCUAAAAAAAGCUAAGGAAGACAUAAGGCGGUCAAUGUUUCUUUACUGUUCAAUUAUGGAAAUAAAUAUUGGUGGGAUAGCUUGUUUAACCAUUGACGCUGAUGCAUGUGACAUGAUUAUGGAGUUGCUCAUCUCAAUGCCGAAAAAGUUUUUACCUAAAAAAAGUCCAUUCAUCCUAGACUGUAUGCCGGAUAUGUAUCAUAUGUUUAGAGAGCUUUUAAAAACGGAUCAAAUUGAGUUGAAAAAUAAUCGCAUAUGGAAGAUUGUAAUCCAAUAUAAAAUGCUUGGAACCUCUUUAAAGUAUUUGGACCCUGAACUUCAGGAACUAAUAGGUGUUCUUAUAGAAUAUAAGCUCGAAACCUACGCCCAUUGUCUUUCCGUUAUAAUAUUAAAAGUUAGUAACGAUGAAAAAAAUAUAAAACUAUCGUCGGAUGCCUUAUCGGCUCACUUAAAUCUGAUUGAGAAACACUCCACUAUUUUGGACUCCUGGAUACUUCGGUUAAUUAUCUUUCAGAAUUCGCUGAGCUUGCUGAUCAAAAGCAUUCGCCUCCGACGAUCGCAAGUUUCCGGCUCAAAUCAACAAAAUCGUCUUCUGCCUCUAAACCAUUUUUUACUUAUAAUAAAAAGCUUGCGUCUUGAGGCACCACACUUUAUGAGAAUAGCCAAGCUUAUGAACACCAUAAAGAUGGAGGCAUAUGGAUCCCUGGAAAAUGUGGUGAUAGAUAAUUUUAUAUUCCAGGUCAGCGCGCUCAAAUAUAAGUGCGAGGAUGAAAUCGUGGCAUUAAAUGGCGAUGUGAGUCUUGAGGGUAAGCUCAUAAGGUUGCCGGCUGGACCGUUAAAUUAUUGGCAGAAAAGUGCUUUGGAAAUCAUGGAAAAAACUAAUCAUAUGUGAAUCAUGUAUAUGUACAUCCUAAUUAUAUAGGAAAGAAAAACAUAUAUGGAAAAUCAUUAAACCCAAAU